AUGUCAUCAGACUUUGAAACCUACGAGCAGGAUUUUGGGAAUAUCACUGCAGAAAUAACUAAUAAGAUUGGCAAAAUUCCUAAACUAAGUGGAGACGAGAAGACGCAGCUGGUUCUAAAUGUCGACAAACAGCUUGAAGAAGUCAGAGAGCUGAUGGACCUGGAGGUGCGGGAGAUCCCCAUCCAGAGCCGGGCCAUGUACAACAGCAGGCUGAAGAGCUACAAGCAGGAGAUGGAGAAGCUCGAGAAAGACUUUGUCUCGGCUUCCUUUAAACACCCCGACGUGUCAGUCCACCUCUGCCCCACCAGCAGUGGCCCUGCUGGCACUGGUCUGCACAUCACCUGA